AUGAUUCAAACAGAAAUACCCAAUGAUGAAACAAUAGUAGUUCAUUUAGACCAUUUAAACACCUAUCCUAUUAAUAAUGAGCAUCAAAUGGAAACAAUUCCAGAAGUGGUAUUGCAACCAUUAUAUGUUCAGAGUGAAUUUGACCUUCGGACGGUUGAAAUUGGGGCGGAAACAGCAAAGCUUGUAUCUCCUACUUUGUCAGACCCAAAUUUGAGUGGAGGUGUUGAACAUUCCGGAAUUCUCUAUGCAGAAAUGAUUGCAGAUAAUUUAGAAGAAGAAGUUCCGGGCCCUUCUAAUGAAAUAAAUAGUAAACAAGAAGAGAAAGCUUUGGCUAGCAGAACAGCUUCGACAGAUGAAGGAAUUGGUUGUGGAGAUGGGGAAGAAUUAUUUAGACCUAGAGGGAAAAGUAGUGGGCAAUCUAGUAGAAAAGGGGGUGGAAGACUUAGAAAUCAGAGCGAAUUAGAAGUUAAUGCACAUCAUUAUAAAAUGCAAAAUGUUUAUAAAGAUCAAAAAGAAAAAUCGAGGAGUAAAAAGCCGUUGACUGAUAUUGACUUUGAAGGAAUUCUCAAAAUAAUUGGUGGGUGUUCGACAUGGCAAAUUCUAAUAUAUUUAAUUAUUUCUGCUCAUCAAAUGCCUCAUGCAAUGUUUAACCUUUCUGUUGUUUAUUUUACUUAUUUGCCUGAUCAUUGGUGUAAAUUACCGAGUUUUUCGAGAGAAUAUAUUGAAAAUCCAGAAAAUAAAAUUGGGCCAGGUUGGAGUUGGGAGAAGGCUUUAGAUGCUGGAAUAGCUUUUCCACAGGUUCGUAAUAGACGUACAAAACACGAUCAAUGUGCAGUUUACACAAUUUCUGAGGCACAGCUACGUGAAUAUUUGGCGAUGAACUUUACCGAAGCUAUACUUUUGGCUAGAGAACGGCCCCCUUAUUUGAUUCAACGGUGUAAACAAUGGGAAUAUGAUAGAAAUAUUAUGUCUGAUUCUGUAGUAACUCAGUGGGACCGGGUCUGUGACGAUAAUUGGAGUAGAGCACACGUUCAUCUUUCCUAUUCACUUGGAUAUUUAGUUGGGUGUAUGAUGGGUGGCUAUAUUUCGUUUAUUUAUUAUUUUUCCGGAAAUAUUAAAAAUAAACUUUCUCCCUCUCAUUUUCAUGAUCGGUAUGGACGCAAACCUGCAAUUUAUGGAUUUGCUAUUUUAUCAACAAUUUUUGGCUUUCUUUUAUCGUUUUCGAGAGAAUUUGAAGUAUUUUUAGUUGUAAGGUUUUUAUUAGCUGCGUGCAAUGAAGCUGCGGAUUUGGCUGCUUAUGUUUAUUGUAUGGAAAUUACUGGAGUACAAUAUCGCUCUAUAGUCGGCAGCCUCUUACAAGCCCCCUGGGCCUGUGGAUAUGCUUUUUUGGCUUUGGUCGCUUAUAUUUUUAGAUCUUGGACAUCAAUUCAAUUAAUUACCUCAACCCUUCAUUUCUUCGCCCUUUUCCUCGUUCAUCACUUACCGGAAAGUCCUCGAUGGUUAAUUGUAACUAAUAGGGUUGAUGAAGCAGAAAAAAUUAUUAGAAAGUUGAGCCUGUCAUUUCAACAAAAGUUCAUUACCUUCAGACUUGGAAUUGGUCCGGCAUUCCAUAAUCAACGUCCACAUUUUCUCCACUCAUUCAAAUCGCCAACAAUGGCUUUUAGAAAUGUUAUUAUUGGAUUAGUUUGGAUAGCUACUGCUUUGGUUUAUUAUGGAAUUGUUAUUGCUUUGUCUGAUCAAGUAAAUUAA